AUGGUCUUGGACGAAGCCUCUGUGAACGAUCUGAAGGGCUGUGUCUCUUCUCUGCACUGGAACUGGCUCCUCGCCGAGUGCCUGGAGGCUUUACGUCGGGAACCGACUCACCGGCUAUGCUUCCCUCCGGAAGUUUCCGCCGCACUUCGGGAACCUCACAGCGGUGAGGUUGUGCCUACCGAGCAGCCAGGUGAGCCGCUCCGGGAGUCCUACGAUCGGGCCUUGCUCCUCUUCCCGGACACGACGCCGCCGAAGCUGCCGAACUUGGCUCCCGGGGGACGCCUGGUGGUUGCCACGAGACCCUGGCGUUUCCACGACUGGCCGAUGCCGGAGAAGUGGCGAGAAAGCAGUCAAGAUGGGGCGCUGGUAGAGGAGCUCAAUUCGGCAGGUUUGAGAGUGGGAUCGUACACGUGCUCGUAUCCAUGCGAGGUAUCUCUCACAAGGUGGCUCGAUUUCCUGGCUACUCUGCGGCCAGAGGCCAAGGAGGAGAUUCGCCAGUUCGCUGCGGGGCUGAGGGCCGGCGGAGAAGAGGUGUAUCUCCAAUUCCGAGAUCGCGUGGUCUUCGUGGUUGGAGAGGCCCCGGGCCCCUCCCCGGCGAAGCGGCUACGGCUUCUGGAUCCCCUGAUGGGAAGGAGGCUCCCACUAGCUCUUUGCCUUGCCCGGGACGGCUUCGUGGCCUCUGCGGGAGCUCUCGGAGCGAACGAGGCAGCAAAGGCUUUGGCUUCUCUUGACCAGCAUGCAGCCCGUGUGCUGGGACCUGGAGCACAGGCGGAGGAUCUGCAAGGAGAGCAGCGGUUCAAGAUCCACUUGCUCUACCCCUGGGCCGCCAGGCUCGUGACCCAUCCCAGUCUCCUGGAAGCGGUGAAAGCCGGCUUGGGGACCGAGAACGUCCUCGUGUGGUUUUCGGAGGUCAAUGCGAAGGGGCCGCUAUCCAGCCUUCACGCCGCGCCACAUCAGGACUUCAUCUUCGCAAGCUUGGCGCCUAAUGAUGCAGUGUUAACUGCUUGGUUGGCACUGACGGAUGCCGCGACAGAGAUGGGCGGAUUGUUCUUUCGGCGUCACUCGCACCUUCACGGCCAACUCCCACAUUGCGUGGACGACAAGGCGGAAAAUCUGAUCGGCUUCCAUUGCUGCGAUGCUGAGUUUCUGGCUGGGGCGCAGGAGGAUGAGGAUGCAGUGCCCGUGGAAUUGGGAGCAGGGGAAGCUAGUUUGCACACCUUCCGGACCUUGCACUGGUCGGGCCCCAACUUGACCAACGAGAGGCGCGUCGGCCUGGCGAUCCGCUACGUCCGCGCGGACGUGGGGCGAAAUCGGAAGCUUCCCUGCCGUGAGAGUGCUAUGUUGGCCUGUGGAUCCUACGAUCCUGCCUUCGGUGCCUUCGAUCUGGAACCCAGUCCUUCCUGCGAUGCAGGGCCCAAAGAACGCGAGGUGCAUGCAGAUGCCCUGGCGCGAGAGCGUGAGAACUACUCAGACCUGGAUACUUCGGAUCCCGGGUGA